CUCUAUUUUUGCCUGAUCGAAAAGUGACAACUGUGAGCAGAUGGUCACGAAACUUCACCUCUGCUUCACUCUUCAGAAAACACGUACAAAACAUCGCGACAUGCGCAGAGGCGACGACCGUAAGAUAUGUAAAACUAGUCAUUCGGCCGCUUGUAAAUUUAAAUCUCCCAGAAUGUCAAAGAGUACAAUCUUUUAGAGGAGUUCCGCGUCCUCCUGGGUUUGUGGUGCAGUCCUUUUGGGAAUUCCUGUCACCUCAUUUCAAAAGGGGCUUUGUUUAUAAUAUUUCCGUGCCAUCUUGCAUCACUUUACUGACGCAACAAUGUUUACAGAUACACCCUGAGUUACCCCCCACCCUUGGUUUUAUUCGCCUCGAAUUAUUAAUCUUUCUGGUUUUACUUUGAAAUUUUUUACCUUAAACUGAACACCACUGGUUUCAACGAGUUUGGUGGCUUCAACUUUUACAUUUUUAAACACUUUUUUGCGGAUCGAAGGAAGAAUUGUGCUUACGUGAGCCCGCGUGUUAAGCAGAAGGGCUGCUCAGCAGGCUACGCCUUAGGAAUAUCAUUUUUCAACGAAAACAAACAGAACUAGAUAACCGCCUCACGGCAAGUCAGUUGAACGAAGUACAGGGAAGAGACAUUGUUUACAACUUCACAAGGAGAAGAUUUUAUCCCAAAGCUAAUUGGGAAUUUAGCCGUAAAUCAUGGCAUUAGUCCACACAAGUUUCCGUGCAAACCCUUUCGAGAGCUCGAGACUAUCACAACGCGAACUUCUCGAGCGCAUUUUCAGCCAGCACGGAGAUGCAGACGAGCAUGUUCAUCACAUGGACUAUGAAGAAAGCUCGAGCGACUCGGGCUCGGACUAUGAAAUGGAAGAAUCUCACGAAGACUAUGACUGGAAGUGGGAUCCCACGACACUUUCAUCGUCAGUAUGCCUAACACGUAGUAAUAAAGAAGUGUUGUUCCACCCUGAUUACAGCUGUGGAACUGCAGCAGCAAAAGGCUCAGAGCCCCUUUGUCAGGGGGGAGAGUACUACUGGGAAAUCAAGAUGACCAGUGCAGUCUAUGGUACAGACAUGGUAGGUCAUGUUCUCCACUACUGUUCUGGAACAAUUUGAGUGAGACAAAAAAACAACAAGCAGUAGACAUGACAAAGAGCUGGAAAUGGCAACUGAUGACUUGAUAAUGUUUUGCAACACUGAAUACCUACCAGGACUGA